AUACCCCCACCCAUAAUCUCCUUCUCCACUUAACACUUUUCUGUCGGCUAUUAAAUUCCACCCCUGCACCCUGCAUCUGCAUCUGCAUCUGCAUCUCUCUCCUUCCAACGAAAUCCCACGCAUUCCUCUCUCUCUCCCUCCCUCUCUCUCUCUCUCUCUCUCUCACAUCACUGAUCUGACUCUCGAUCUGUUCGUUUCGCACCGACGCCUGAUCCGCAUUCCUCUGAAUUCCCAACAACAUGACGGAGGAGGAGGUGGUGAACGUGCGCGGCGGCGAAAUCUCCGAUUCCAGCGACGGCGAUCGGCACAAUAUCAAGGUUAAGUACUGCAAUGGCGAUGCUGCUCACGAGAACGGUAGUGUCGCUGGCGACGGCGACGGGGCCGUCGUCUCCGGGAAUGGCGGCGGUGAUUCCGGUGCCUCGGAUCUCAUCGUCGUGGUAGAGGACAAGGUGGAAGGAAAGGCUCUUGGUGAGUCUGAUGUGACGGUUUCUGAGGCUUCUCCUGUAGCUGAAUGCGAGUGCGAAGAAGCGGUUAAUAAGGAGGAGGAGAAUGAUUUGGAAGAGAAAACGGAAAUUAGUAAUGGAACAAUCCCUGUCGGUUGGGGCGGUCAAAAUGACGAGGGAUCUGUUGUCGUUUUGGAAGACAAUGCGAAGGAGGUUAAUGAGACAAUAACUUGCGAUCAUGAAUUGGCUGUUCAAAACGGUGCGAAGAGCGAGAUUCGCGAUGGCGUUGAUGAAGUCAACGGUGCUGAUGCGAAUGGAAUUCAGCAAAACGGUGAGAUUCACGGCGACGAGAAAAAGGAACCUGUGACCGUUGUAGAAGUAGAUCGUACUGAUGGGAACAAUGGUAGUCACAGCGAAUUGGAAAGUGUGGCUGUUGAAAACUGUGUGGUGAAUAAGGAAGUUUCAGUUACUAUGGAUGUGAAUGAGUUUGCUGAUAAAGAUGGUGAAAGCAAAUCAGCGGAGAAGGCGCAGCUGGAGGCUGUUGAUUCAGGUGGUGGAAUUGAGGAAGGUGGAGGGAGUGUGUUGGAAGGAACAACUGAAUCUACCUCUGAUGCUGUUUCAGAUGAGAAGGCUGUUGCACAGGAAGUAACAGAUCGUGAAUUCACGAAUGUCGUUAACGGAGAUGAUCAAAAUGGUUCUGCAGAAACUGAGAAGGAUGAGAUUCCUAUUGGCAUUGAUGGAGUGCAUGUUUCUGUAGAUGUGAAGGAAUGUGCUGGUGAAGAUGCUCACACCGGUUCGGAUGUGGAGAAGUCUGAGGCUGAGGCUGUAACUGAUUCAAAUAAUGUGGAUAAGAGUGUUGCUGGAGGUGAUGUUCAAAACGGUUCAGCUGAGCAGGAAUUGAGCAAUGGGGUUCAUGUUGAAGGUGGGUCUGGCUGCGAAUUUGAGAAGCCUGAGGAGGAAUCAGGAGAAGAACUGGUUGACAAAGUAGAAGACUCAUCGGCCUUGAACAAUUCAAAUAUAUCUGGACAUGGUAUUGUUGUGCCUGAGGCUAAUGCCAAUGUGAUGGAGAGUGAAGCUGAACCUUCAAAGAUUGCAAUGGAGAGUGAUCCUGAGCCUUCAAAUCUUGUUGUUGAGAGAGAAGCCGAACCUUCAAAUGCUGCAGUUGAGAGUGAACCUGAGCCUUCAAUCAUUGCAGUUGAGAGUGAUGCUGAACCUUCAAACGUUCCACUGCAGAGUGAACCUGAGCCAUUGACCACUUUGGUCGAGCGUGAAGGUGAGCCUUCAAAAAUUGUAGCUGAUGGUGAACCUGAGCCUUCAAACACUCUGGUGGAGAAUGAAGCUGAGCCUACGAAGGUUGCUGCUGAGAGUGAAGCUGAACCUACGAAGGUUGCCGCUGAGAGUGAAGCUGAACCUACGAAGGUUGCCGCUGAGAGUGAAGCUGAGCCUACGAAGGUUGCUGAGAGUGAAGCUGAGCCUACGAAGGUUGCUGCUGAGAGUGAAGCUGAGCCUACGAAGGUUGCCGCCGAGAGUGAAGCUGAACCUACGAAGGUUGCUGCCGAGAGUGAAGCUGAACCUACGAAGGUUGCUGCUGAGAGUGAAGCUGAGCCUACGAAGGUUGCUGCUGAGAGUGAAGUUGACUCUACAAAGAUUGCAGUUGAGAGUGAAGCUGAGCCUUCAAACUUCACAGUUGAGAGUAAAGCUGAGCCUUCAGAUGUUGCAAUUGGGAGUGAAGCUGAGCCUUCAAAGAUUGCCGUGGAGAGUGAAGCUGAACCUGAAGCUGAACCUUCAGCUGAAGGUGUACUUUGUGUCGAACGUGAAGCUGGCAAUGUUGGAGAUGAAGAGACAAAACUAACUGAAGAAGGAUCUAAUACUGAUGCUGUGGAUGUACAAAAUAUGGGAUCAGAGGUAGUGAAAAGGCCAUUUUACUAUUUGAUCAGGAUACCAAGAUACGAUGAUGAUGAAAAUAUAAAAGAACAGAUAAAGAUUGCUAUCCAACAAGUAGAAGAGAAGACUAGGAUUCGGGAUGAAAUUCGAUCCGAAAGCCAGAAUAAAAAGGCCACAUGUAAGGAGUACAAUCAAGAAUUUAGAGCUGCAAUAACAGCAGAAAGGGCUGCUCGGGACACACUCAAAUCCAAACGCCAAGAAAUGGAUUUGGUUCAAGCCACAAUGAACAGAUUAAACAAUGCAAUUUCUGUUGGGGAUAUAGAUGGCAAGAUAAGAAACAUGGAACACAUGAUUGAGCAUGAAACACUCCCUCUAAAAGAGGAAAAGCAAUUGAUACGUCAGAUCAAACAAUUGAAGCAGAAUCGGGAGGAGCUGUCUUCUAGUAUGGCGAAGCAGGAUCAAUCACAGAAAUCUCUAGACGACAAGGAAAAUAUUGAAGAGAGCUCAAAGAAAUUACAACUUUUGAAGAAGGAAAUAGAAUUGCUUAGAAGUAAUGUUCAGAAGGCAGAGGCAGCAACCAAAGCUGCAAAGAAGAAAUAUGAAGAUGAAUGCAACAUAUUGAAUGAGAUAUCAACUCGGUUUAAGUUUGCUGAUGACGUUCGCCAAGAAGCAUAUGCGAAAUUACAGACUUUGAAGAAACAAUUCCAUUUGAAGAGCAAAUACUUUUGGGAAUACAAAAAUGCUUCGAAGAAAGGGCAGGACCUAGCCGCAGAAGGGAAGAAAGAGGAACUGCAAUGCUUCUGUAUGGAUCAGGUUGAGCGAAUGAUGGAGCUGUGGAACAAAAAUGAUGAGUUCAGAAGGGACUAUGUACGGUGCAACACCAGGAGUACACUAAGGAGAUUGCAAACCCUGGAUGGCCGAUCACUGGGUCCUGAUGAAGAGCCACCAGUAAUUCCGAGUUUCUUACCCGAAAGAGUAUCCAAAGAUAAUUCUUCAGUCUCGCAAUCAACUCUCGAUCAAGAAAAGAAACCAACACCAGCAGAAUCUGUUAAUAAAAAGGCUGAAUCAGCCCCAAAGGCAGUGGAACAAAAAACUGAAAAAAGUCAGACAACCAAAGCUAAAAAGGCUGCAAAAGCCACUCCUUUGGAGAAGUCAGUGGCUGCAAUUCCUCGAUGGGCAGAUGAGCCUGAAGAUAUACCUGAAGAACCAGUGCGAACAAAGGAGGAAGAGGAGCAGAUCUUAAAGGCCGAAAUUGCAAGAAAGGAAGAGGAAGCAGCGAAGUUGAAGGAAAAGCGAAGGCUAGAGGAAAUUGAGAAAGCUAAGGAGGCAAUGCUUCGGAAACAGCGUAAUGCUGAGAAAGCCCAACAAAGGGCUGCCUUAAAGGCACAAAAAGAAGCCGAACAGAAAGAAAAGGAAAGGGAGAAGAGAUUAAGGAAGAAGGAAAGAAGAAAGGCUGCUUCCACUGAAACAGCAGAAAACACAGAACAAGAACCUACUCCUAUCUCUGAGACUGUAACAAGGAGUACGGAAGAAUGUGUUCAGAGUGAAAAACCGGUUGAGGUAACAAGAAGAUCACAAUAUACAAGGCAGAGCAAGGCAAAAUCUAUGCCGCUCCCUCUUCGCAACAGGGGAAAGAGGCGAAUUCAGCCAUGGAUGUGGGCUGUGAUCGCUGUUCUGGCUGUUGUUGCCUUGUUUUUCUUGGGGAAUAACAGCUCUUUGAGAUCUUGGCUCCAAGGUUCUGCUUAUUGAGUAUGAUACAAAGUAUAAUCUACUUUUUAUUUUACUUUAUUUUUUAAACUAAGCAUUACUAGACUACUAGGUGUUUGCCGGGGAUGUUACCCUUAUAUUUAUUACAUUUACACUUUACAUACAUACGUAUAGGAGCAAUUCUUUCUUGCGCUUACAUUUUUUUUUUACUCCGGUUAGUUUUGAUUAUUUUCUUUAGACCGAGAUUUGUUUAUUUGCGGGGUGAUGUGAUUUAUAUUGCUUAUUGCUUUGUUGCUGUGACCAUUAUGGAUAUGGUAAUAAAUUAUUAUGAUUGUGCCUUUUA